AUGGUUCUCGAACAGGUGAAAGCCAAAGCGAUUCGAUGGUUGGAAGAUAACCGGGGACUUGUCAUUGUGUUCUUCUGUUUGCCAGCUAGUUAUCUGUUCGACAUUUUCAUCCAAUUCCGUAUCUGGCUAGACAGAAAAUUGGCUGUCACAACUUCUCACAAGCAACGUGUUCAAAAGAUUCAAGACCAAGUUACCGAAUGGUCCAAACUUCCGGCAUCUCAGAAAAAACCACUAUGUACCGCAAGACCUAAUUGGCUGAGUUUAUCUACCACGUUUUUUGACAAGAAAAAAUGUCACCAAGUGCCUAUCGACCUCCAUGACGUUCUUUCUCUGGACGAGCAGAAUUUGACAGUGACCGUCGAGCCGAAUGUGACUGUCCGAGAGAUUUGCAAGUACCUGAUCCCGAAGGGUUACACACUAGCUGUCACACUGGAAAUAGGAGAUGCCACACUUGGAGGACUUGCAUUUGGAGUUGGAAUGACAACAUACUCCCAUAAAGUUGGUCUCUAUCAGGAAGCAAUUGUCAGUUAUGAAGUGGUCACCGCUGAUGGAAAAGUUAUAACGGUCACUGACUCAAAUGAGCACUCCGACUUGUACUACUGUCUUCCAUGGUCUCAUGGAACACUCGGAUUUCUUGUUGGAUUAACUUUGAAAAUUGUGAAGGUCAAACCUUACGUGCACAUGCAAUAUAUUCCGUGCCACUCACAAGACGAGUACUGUAACAAGAUCAUGGAGUUGUCUGGUGCCACUAACAAAGAUACCAAGGUAGCCGACUACUUGGAAGUGACUAUCUAUAACAAGGAUGAAGCUGUUAUUAUGGUUGGAAAUUUCGCAGAUGUGGAUAGCAGUAGUCGUGCAAAGAUCAAUGAUGUCUGUUGGUUCUACAAACCAUGGUUUUACAGACACGUGGAAACAUUUUUGAAAAAAGGAGGGGAAGAAUACAUUCCAUUGGAAUCAUACCUUCUCCGUCACAACCGUGCUAUCUUCUGGGUUCUCGAAAGCAUGAUUCCGUUCGGAAAUCACCCGGUGUUCCGUGCAUUCCUCGGAUGGCUAUGUCCACCAAAGCCAGCAUUUUUGAAAUUCACUACUACCCAAGCAGUAAGAGAGAUGACAUUCGCCAAGCAGGUUUUCCAAGACAUCGUCAUGCCAUUGGACACUCUCAAGGAGCAAGUGGACACCGCUGUGAAGUUAUUCGAUACCUACCCACUCUUGGUCUACCCAUGCAGAAUCUAUGACCACAAAGGAGGAGCACCACAAGGGCAAUUAAGAGCCCCACCAAAAUCCCGUCUUGUGCCAGGAACCAACUAUUCCAUGUUCAACGACCUCGGAGUUUACGGCACCCCGGGACCAGUAGAGCGUCGUGAGCCUUACAACCCAACCUAUGCAAUGAGAGCUAUGGAGAAAUUCACACGCGACGUCGGGGGAUACUCAUUCCUGUACGCUGAUAUCUUUAUGAGUGAGGAGGAGUUCAAUGAGAUGUUUGAUAUGACUCUCUACAAUCAAGUCCGUACUAAGUAUCAUUGUGAUGGAGCAUUCCCAAGACUUUACGACAAAGUUAAGCCGGAGAUUGAUGUUAUUGCUAUUGGAGAGACUUACGCUGUCAAGAAAGACGAGUAA